GACACAGGACAGACGAACUCGGACAUCGGGCGAGAGCGGGCGACCGUGCACCUGUCCGCCCGGCUUCGCACGCGACUAUAUCGCGAUACGAAAUUCACAAACUCCAAUCGUACAGUACAAAUAUUUAUUUUCACAUAAAAACUUUAUAGACUAUUAAAUCAUUGUGUUUUAAUUUUUAGUGAGAUUCGCGAAGUGUACAAAAAUAAUGUAAAAUAAUCAGCUGUAGAUGAUUAGAUACGAUAAAAAGACGUUCAUCUGAGUGUUUGAUAAGAUCGUGUCCAGUUUAAUGUAUUAACACUGUCACCAUGGAAAGGAAAAAGAAAAUUUCCAAGUAUCAAAAUGAUUAGAAAUAAAUUUUUGGUAUACUUUCGGACUUAGAAGAGUUAAAGUGAGUUUAUCUAAAAGGACUUGACCGACGGCGCGUUUGUUGUGCUCUGAAUUAUCGUUUGAUAACAGAGUCUUAAGAUAUUUUUUUCUGGAGAUCAAGAAGUUAUUGAAAAUCUAAAAAUAGGUGACCAAAUCAAGAUGAGAAUCAAAAUGCCUGCUACUCGUAUCGCGCAAGCGGAUGCGGACAGCGCGGCAGAAGGCGGUGGGUCACCAACACCUGGUACGCCAGCGGACACGCUCACGUGUGGAGCGUGUCGAAGAGCGUUCGCACUCUCAGACAUCGUCCGCUUCAUCCAGCACAAAGUAUCCUCCUGUGAUAAAGACCUCACCUCCUACCAUUGCUACAGUACAGGUCCAAACUCUGAUCCUGAAGACGGUUCCAGGCCAGGGCAACUUGGUAAUGUCAAUUCAAGUGGACGGAGACCAUCGUUGCUGACAGCGAGAAGACCUCCUAAUAGUCGGAUUCAUACUCCACCUUUGGCAAGCCCAUCGAUAGCACCUCCAGAUUUAUUGGAAGAUGGCGGUGCCUCAAGUACUCCUAAAAGAUUGUUAGAUGACGCAGACGCUGGAGCAUCUACUCCAAAGAGGAGAGCAUCAACGUCCCCGAUGCCUUCCAGCUCACCUGAUGAAGAUAUCAAACCCAAGAUCAAACAAGAGCAUAUGGAUACGUCAGGGUCUCCGGACGACCAUAAGAAAUCUAGGACAGAAGUUGCUGACGCGGAGUCCAACACUAUGCAUAGUGAACCGAGUAACUACGUAUGCUCGACUUGUAAGGCUCGCGUGCAUUCGGCCUGGAGACUUGUGCAACACGUUCAACACGUCCAUGGCGUGAAGAUUUACUUAGAAUCCAUGCCACAGCAACAUUCUAACAAACAAAACCAUUCGUCAUCAAGCACCUCCUCCACUAGUUCAGGAUGUUCGACAGGCGCUCCAUUGCCACCUCCAUCGUUACGUCAUCAUCCAUUAUUACCACCUCCGGAUAUGCAUUCUCCAUUUGGCGUUGGUGGACUUUUAAGAAUGCCUCUACCUGGUAGCUUACCACCUCUUGCUCAUCCCUCGGUACCAACAGCGCCGUUGUUUGCACGACCGAACCACCACGAUCAUAGGUUUAGAAUGGAGCAGCUGGUAUCCGAGCAAUUUCGUCACCAUGGUCUCAAUUUGGCUGCAGCGGCUGCUGCCGUAGCUGCUAAUUCUCUUCCACCACACCAAGCUUUUCCAUCGCCAGCAGAUCGACCACCGGUAAUACCUACAUCGUUAUCGGGACGUGAAAGAUCAUCAACAGUUUCACAACCACUUUCAUUAGAACCCCAGCUGGAUUUUUACUCGCAGCGCUUGCGGCAACUGGCCGGUACGACCAGUCCAGGGGCGGCCACAGGCAAUUCGAGCUCUCCUAGCCCCAGGAAGCAUUCUCCCCCGUUCGCUUCCCCGUCGCCCUCCCGAGUCGGCCAGACUCCACCGGCGGGCGCCGGACCCGGAACGGUGGACACGCCUAGAGAAGCUACGCGACCUCAUAACUCUACGCCUGAGCGAAGAGUUGAACCACAAACCGCAGACGCUCCUCCACCCGAGCGUUCUUCAUCUUCUCCAACAGGAAAGCGAAACAGUGAUGAAGCUAAUCAUACAUGCGAAUUUUGUGGCAAAAAAUUCAAAUUUGAAAACAGCCUAAUGAAUCAUCGAAGAACUCACACUGGUGAAAAACCUUACAAAUGUUCUGAAUGUGACGAAGCCUUCGAGAAAUCCUCAAAAUUAAAACGACACAUGAAAGUUCACCGAGGUGUAGAGGCUAAUACUGAAGAUGGUGAGUCAGUUGGUGAUACAGGAGAUGAUGAAUCUGAAGAUGAAUUAGAGGAUGAAGAACUCGAUGGUGAGGAAGAAGAAGAAAAUGAAGAUGGUGAAGAAGUAGAGGAAGCUGAAGAUUUAACUGUAUCUAAUAGUAGUGCUCCAUCUGCACCAACUCGAAAACACACCCCAGCAUUGCCCGCUCACCCUCCAUCAGCAUCAGUCGUAGGCGAACUCAUGGAUAAAUUCGGUCUUUCAAAUAUUGCUCAAUAUAGUGAGGCUUUUAAACAAGCUUUACAAGAAUCUAAUAAUUCAUUAAAAUGGCAAUUAGCUAAGGAUCGGGACAAUAAUAACGGACCUCCUGAGAAACCUAACGGUAUGCACCAAACAGCCUCUUUACGAUUAAAAGAAGAAUUUGCAAAGAUGCCACCUCAGCCACACCCUUUAUUUAAUCCAUUUGAAAACCCAUUUGAAGCAUCUAAACGUAUGAAGUUAGAAAUGGAUAGGAGUGAAGGAUGGUGGCUUCCCACUUUACAUGCGCAAAGGCCACCCGACAACAUUUUUGAUGGGCUCAAAAACAGCACUAAUGGUCUGCUACAAAAUCCAUUAUUGAAGUCGAAAGAUAGCCGACGGAACGACACUUGUGAAUUUUGUGGGAAAGUAUUUAAAAACUGUUCAAAUCUUACUGUACAUCGGCGAUCUCAUACUGGGGAGAAACCAUAUAAAUGUGAAUUAUGUUCUUAUGCUUGUGCACAGAGCUCAAAACUAACAAGGCAUAUGAAAACCCACGGCCGACUAGGGAAAGACGUAUAUCGGUGCCGAUUUUGUGAAAUGCCAUUCUCUGUUCCAUCUACGCUUGAGAAGCACAUGCGAAAGUGUGUGGUGAAUCAAAGUAAUGGAACAUCUCUUGCUCUUUCUGAUGACUCCAAUGCUUGCCGGGACGAGGCCUCGUGACUCUUCCCUUGGGGUGGCCUCCGUCUUCCUCCUCCAGCGCCACCCAGCCAGAUAUUUUAGGCCAAACGUCGUCAAGAACAAAUUUUACCACGUUGAUAUAUUAAUAAGGAGAUUUGUUCAAUGUCUAGUCUUAAGGAAUAUUGAUGU